CCGCGCGGCGGCUCCGAUUGGCUGACGGGGGUUUGUUUUGCACUCCUCACAUUUCCUCCAUCUGCGUGUUUUCAAAAACAAAGCACAAUUUUCUCUCGUCAGACUGCUUGUCUUUUUUCCGCCAUUGCCUACUAGCGUUGGUACGUCCCAGCUUUUGUUUUAACGGAGGCCGUCGAUCCAACGCUUCAACGGGGGUUAGCUAAAGUGCGCUGUAACGGCUGGGAGCUAGCCGUUUUAUUUUUUUCUUUUAUUAUUGUUUUUUCUACAAGCAACCAGCGCAUGGUCGGCUGUUGGGACCAGAAUCGCGUUUUACUGAUUUUUUUUAUUUAAUUCCGUCACUUUUUGACUCUGCGACUAGUUGCUGGCUACGGUAUUUGGAGCUUUCAGACAUGGUGAAGCUGACAAAAGCCAAGACUUUCCAGGCUUAUCUAGACUCCUGCCACCGCCGUUACAGCUGCGUGCACUGUCGCGCCCACCUGGCUAACCACGACGAUCUUAUCUCCAAGUCUUUCCAAGGCAGCCAGGGAAGAGCAUACCUCUUUAACUCUGUGGUCAAUGUUGGCUGUGGUCCUGCAGAGGAGAGGCUGCUGCUGACGGGACUUCACGCAGUGGCGGACAUCUACUGUGAAAACUGUCAUACCACACUCGGAUGGAAAUAUGAGCAAGCCUUUGAGCUCAGUCAGAAGUACAAGGAGGGAAAGUACAUCAUUGAACUCUCCCACAUGAUAAAGGACAACGGUUGGGACUGAGACUGAACUCUUCAUUGUUCUCCAUGACUUUUUAUUUCUCAAAAAGUUGCAUCCCCUCCACUUAAAAGGGUUACUGUGUAGCUUCCUCAUCUUACGCUCAAACCAUUGCUGUGCCACACUUUCACUUCAUUCAGCUUUGAAAAGAAUUGCACGUGAUGCCUUAUCUUUGUCUUUUUCAUGUUUUCCCCGGGCAAACGCUACACAUUUGCUGAUACGGAUUUCCCAGUUAUUAGUAGUGCUGGGACAUGAACUGAAUAAGUGCAUGGUUUGUGUGAGUGUGUGUGAGUGAGAAACAUUGGGAGUUAUAGUCACUCUGCCACCAAUUCCUGUUGGAUUUUAAGGAAAGCUGUCAGCGAUUUUAAAGCGACCUCCACAGAGUUUCGCUCCGUUGUGAUGCGGCCCCACGAAAGUCAAGGAAUUAGAUCUGGAGAAUCUAAUUGAAGUAUUUUGAGUACUAAAGGAGCACAUCUCAAUGUCAUGUGGCUUGAAUGGUGUUUAUUAUCAAAAUUUGUUUUAACUCGGAUCAUCUUGGGGUUAAGAAGGGUUUUGCAAAGAGCAGCAGGAGAGCUCUUUUUGUUUUAAUUUUUUUUUCUUUUUUAGUAUUUUUUUACAUUAAGAUGGCAAUCUUGGUGUUUAAAUUUUUAUUGUUUAAAGCUUUCAAAAAUCUCCUGCAAGAAUCCUUAAAUUUCUACUGCAAGUCUUCCUCUGCACAGCUGUAACUUUUAGUAUGAGCUUGCACGGUUUGCAGUGCAUGCCGAGGCCUUAUAAGCUGGAUAGUGUCGACAAGCUUUAGUUCUGAAGUUUCACUUUUAAGUUAUCACUGCACACAUGGGGAUAUGGUCACCUCCAUUUACAGCUAGUGAAAUCUAUAUUCAUUGCAUAUUACUUAAUCCUGAGCUGUCCCUGCAGAUACAUUAGCUAUACUGUGUCGGUGCAAAUUGUGAAAAUGUAGAAUAUUUUUGGUGAUUUAUGAUGUUUGCUUUAAAAUGUUUUUAUUUUAACCUGGUCUUUCAAUAAACUACAGUUUGCCAUGAAA